AAUAUAUUCUUCACAGAGACUCUGACAACCUCAAACAGUUAUGAACAUACAACCUACUUCAAGUUCGGCCUCGCCUUCCACCUGGAGUGAGAUUUAUCAAGUUCCAGGCCAGACCUCUCGGGACAUCCUUCUGAGAGCAAGAGAACUAUACCUUAUUAAUGAUAUCCAACAAUUCCGCGACCUCCUCAACUCGGCAGAAUCAUCGUCGGAGAACUUCCAUAUAAAUGACUUUAGUAUUAUCAUGAAGCAGGCUGUAGAACAAGACAACAUGGAUUUCAUGCAGGCACUCAUGGAUCAUGGAUUUCCCACACAUUCAAUCUAUGCACAGAGCACAACUAGGUACAGAUCCAAGAAUACGCUCGCUUUCCUUAUUGAAAAAGGAUUGGAUAUCAACAAGCCAAUAUGCGAGACCCAACCCCCCAUCCUAGGAUACAUCCAUCAUGGUGCCGAUCCCAAUAAACAUACAUCCAUAGACAAUAUCCAGCCAGGCCAGCUGCUUCAUCAUGCUGUUCAACGCGAUGCUGACACUAUUGAAGUGUUGGAAAUAUUGAUUCAAAAGGGAGCGCCUUUGAACACUCCUGUGCACAAGGACCUCCCAACCUUCUCAGUUUUAUGUUUUAUAUCACUGGGAACACCUCUGCACCGGGCAUCUGAGCUCAGAAGAGUGGAUGUGGUACACUACCUCCUUAGCAAAGGAGCCGACCAGAAUGUGAGAGACAGUAGAGGACUUACAGCUAUUCAGCUGGCUGCUAGAUUGAAUCAGCAAGCAGUGGUUGAGGUGCUGCAGAGGCGUGAAAGCGGCGGAACCCCGUUUACCACCCCUAAUUGCACUCCUUGGAUCAAUUCCUUGCACAUCAUUAGAUAA